GAACCACUCUUGCCCUUCUGCGUGUGUGCCACUAGUCAGUGUCUUUCAGGCAAAGAAUAGAAAAGUUAGAGCAAAGUCUGAGUCAGCUCCAGCAGCUACUAGACACUCUCAGCAACUCCCUCCACAUUGACAGAUUUCUUCUCUCUCUUUUCUGCAUUUUUUUUUUACUGCUCUCUCUCUCUCUCUCUCUUUCACACACACACACAAAACACACACCACAACCACUACCACUACCACCACCACCACCCGUCACUCCUGGCUGAGGGAAGACAAGACCACAGGAGAACUGUAACACACCUUUACUCCCAGCUACUCACCCAGGCAUCGACAGACGCCUUGCCCAGGAUGUGGACGCUUGUCUUUGGGGUCACCUUUGGAUUAUUGGCCUCCUCCAGGUCGGAACAACUUCAAGUGAAUUCCCGCAGCUGCAGCUAUGUCGGGGUUUUUUUGGCUGAGGGAGCGAGUCGCCACUCCCUGAACUUUGACACGGCUCGAAAGGUGUGUGAGCAGCUGCAGAGCGACUUGGCGAGUCCAGAACAAGUCCAGGAGGCCUAUGAUAAAAAAAUGGAAACAUGCAGAAACGGCUGGACCAGCAAUAUGAGCGUUGCCAUACUCAGACACUCGCACCAUGAAAACUGUGCAAAGAACAUGACGGGCUUCAUUAUUCAUUCACGUGAAACUCCUGAAGAACUCUGUGAUGCUUACUGCUAUGAUGACAAAGCUGGACCUGAGGAGGACUGUACGAAAGCAUUCGCGGUGGAGGAAUACUCAGACGCACCAGAUGAAGCCUCACCACAGCCUCAGGUCCCAACACCAGCAGAGGGCCAGGAAGAGACUAUUCCAAAAACACGACCCGAGGAGGCUUCUGUUAGUGAGGGUGGCGACCCGUCGGCAGCCACCGGAGAAGAGGCUCUUGGGGACGUGACCCAAAUGACCCCGUCAGCCACCACGACUACGAGUCUAGACAAACCAGCUGCUGCCACGGAGAGUCCUGCAGUGGAAGACAACACCGUUGGAGCGAGUGAGAACAGCAAUGUGGGGUCCACUUUCACUGCGAGAGAGUUUGACCAGCCCACUGGAUCUGGCAUGAUGUCCCCCUUCUCUGAGGAGGAGGACACGUCUCCAACUGUUGGAGAGACAGACGAAACACAACCUCCUACUGACGAUGAGCCACAGAAAGGGAAAAUAGAGCCCGGCAGAGUCGAUGCCAUUACAGAGCCUCCACAACAACAACAACCUAAUGGCAAAGGACGGGACCUGGGGUCUGCUGUGCCUGAGUCCGACCACCAUGGCUCAAGGAACUGGCUGGUUAUCAUCGGAGUGAUUGUGGCCAUUGCUGCUAUUCUUCUCGUGUGUGCAGCUAUUGUCAAGAGAAAGAGCUGGUUCGGCAAACAGCAGACGCUGAUGAUCACGUCCAAAGACGGCGGUGAGGGAAACGGGGCUGCAGCAUCAGCAUCCAGCUCCCACUCCCAGGAGAGAGAGCAGGAAAUGGUGACCCUCAUGAACAAAGAGAAGAUCCAGGAGAACGGCAACACAGAGGAGUUCACCGUCAUCACACUAGAGGAGUCGCCAGAUAAAGAACAGCUGGCGUGAGAGAAUAGUGGAGGGGCUGGCAGAAAAGAGCGAGGAGAGGCAGGCUUGGCGUAAGGAGAUGGUUUAGAGAUGGAACAGGUUGGGGCUCCCAACACUGGGUGGAACAACUGCUUAGGUGGCCAGCACUGGAUGGACACCACGUAAGGAUAUGUGUGUGUGUGUGUUACUUCCAGAGAUUGUCUAACUGAGGUACCAUAUUGUCUCGGUUCAGCGGGGUCUUUCAACCCAACAUGUGCAUCAUUUAUGGUGUGGAACCAUGCAUGAUGCAGCAAGGUGUGUGAGUGUGUAACGUGUCAGUUCUUUGUGUUUGUGAGCUGUAUGUUUCAUGUUAAUGAUAGGGCUGGGUAGACGUGGGUUUCAAAGGAAGGCUGGAUGAGGGUCUAAUUUAGGGAGAACAUUGAUGGCAAAUUAUUAUAUUGGUGGAUCCUAAAUUGUAGAGCCUUUCACUGUAAAUGAGAAAUGACAAGUUAAUGAUGUGAACUGGGUUAUUAUAUUUGAGAUACUGUGGAUAAAAAGAAAAAUCUUAAUUUUGAGCAAAACAGCCUUUGGUGUUUUACAUGUUUCAUCUCCUUGUUUUGUUUACUUAUUGUGGUAACUUUGUAUAUUUCAGACAUUGCCUGUGGACUGGAGUUUUUUCCAUUUGCAAUACAAUUGGGGCUGUUAAUACCUUAAUGUAUGCAGGUUUGAGUCCCCUUUUCUUGGUCUCUGUAUAUAACGUGUAUGUUUUGGAAAUGCCUUAGCAAUAGCUGCAAGUGCUUUUUGUUGUUUGGUAGAAAGGGGCUUUGUAUCUCUUUUAAAAAAAAAGGAAUGUGUCAUUUUUUAGGGUUAUUUAAUUAGAAAGCAGUACCUCUGAAGUACACAUUUGUGAAUUAAUCUUUUGCAAUAGUCAGAGUGGAGUGAAUAUUGUAUGAAUGAACUUGAUGUAUAGCAUCCAAAACUGUGCAAUUGAUGCACCACUGAAGCCCAUUAUUAUGGUAUGCAUUUAUAUUGGGCUGGUAAUAAUAAUGAUGAUGAAGUCCCGAAUGUUAUCCUGAGGAUAGGUGGCAUUAUAAAAAUGAUGGAGACAUACUAUAUACACAGUGUGUACAUUGAUUAAGAAAAAUCAAAGAUCGAAAGAAAGAAUAGGAUUAAUUAAUCAUCUUUUAAAUGCUAAAAGUAUGCUCAUUUGCGUCAAUUGAGUGACAGCGGCCUAGCUUUAGAUGAUAAACUACAUGGCACCUAUGAUAACAGGGAGCCGGUUUCUUCAUAAAAAUGGGGCUGUGACAAAGUCGUCUACAUAGGGGAGGGGGGGGGGGGGGGGGGUAAUAAAGCUGUUGUGCUUGCCAAUGUGCCAGUUUUUGUACAUUUCCCACAUGUAAACAAAAUGCUGCAGUUUUUCUACUGACCUUCCCCUUGGUGAAAUAUAUCAUUCAUUGUGUCAUAUCAAUAUUGUUCCUUGUGUGACAGCUAAUUCUUUCUGGUUCAAUAUGAAAAUGCAGAAUUACAUCCAGCGAUUGCAAACUGAUUUCUUGUUUUUUUUCUUCUUUUCUUUCUGCUUUUGCUCACAUGGUCAUGACAAAUUAACAAAAGACGUUGCUGAAAAGAUUUGUAAUGUCAUGGAUGAAAAUAAAUGUGCAUAGAAAGAGA